AUGGAAGGAGCGGCAUCAAAUAGCCCAUCCAGUCUUCCGAGAGAGUAUUACCUGGGGGGCCAGUCAAACCUAGAAAAUAGUAUUGACGAGCUCUCGAACAUUAUAUACACCACACAUGCGGAAACGACAUUACACAAUGAAUCACAAUCAGUACAUGGCGACGAAGUUCUAUUUCAUUUCAACCCCAUGAGCGAGAACACCAAUACAGACAUGGAUAUGAGCCCACUGGAACGGUUUGUAAUGUCGGUCCAACGCUCAGAAAACCCAAAUGUCUGCUAUAGUCGUACCCAGGCAUCCGAAUGCCUUUCACAGAGUCACGGAGGGCUAUCAGAAUCGAAGGCAGUAUCAGAACAAACAUCGAUAACUAAAUCAACAAUACAAUCGGAUACAAAAGCGUCUCGGCGAACCACUAGGACUAUUUCAACGGCUGAUACAAACUACGAUUAA